AUGAAUGUUGGUUUGAUGGAUUGGAGGAAGCUCUUUGGGAGCACCGCUGAGCAGACCUUGGAGUUUUUCCCCCAAAUUGUUCGAGAAGGGUCUCUGAUUCCUUCGGUUCAGCCGCCUUCGGAGGUCCUUGAGGCGGGUGUACAGGUCAGUUUUGCAGGUAGGAAUUUGUUUGUUUUCUCAUUUUGCUAUGAAUUUGCUCGUGACUGGGUUUUGGAUAAUGGGACAUGGCAUGUUCAGAAUAAGUCUUUAAUCUUGAGGAAGUGGGAACCUAGUAUGAAGCGUUUAGAGUUUGAUCUUUCUCGUAUUUCUGUAUGGGUUCAACUUUACAACAUUCCUUUGGAGCUUUACUCACGUACUGGAUUAAGCUAUAUUGCCAGUGCGUUGGGUGUGCCAUUGUCUAUGGACUCUGUGACUGCGUCCAGGACUAGAUUGGAGUAUGCAAAAGUUUGUGUUGAAAUUGGAGUGAAUGAUACGAUCCCAAAAUUUGUAGAUGUUGUGUUGCAGGAUGGUUUUGCUGUGUCGAUUAGGGUUGUAGUCCCCUGGUUACCCCCUUGCUGUCUGAGAUGUAAUGUUUUUGGGCAUAGUGAGAAGGCUUGUCCUGAGCAUAUGCCCCAACUUGCUGUGAUUCAGGUCUGGAGGAAGAAAGGGGAUGUUAAUUGUCCUGGAAUCCCUGCUGUUGAUAGUACAGAGGCAUUAAAAGUAGCUAAUGAACCUACUGGUGAAAGGUUGGAGAGUUGUGGGGCGGACAAGUGUUCUGAAAUGCCCGUUGUUGGUGGAAUUGAGGUUUUGCAGGAAUCUGGUCAACCUGUUAGUAAGGAGCUGGAAAAUUGGGUAAAUUCUCAGGUGGAUGAGUUGGUUGUGGACUUGAUUAAUGAAGCUAAGGUUGCUAGUGAGGGGUCUGCUAAGCCUGCUACUGUGGAUUUCCCUCCUUUGCAAGCUUUGUCUCAGAAAAAGAAGACCAAGAAUAAAGCUAAAAAGCAAUUGGCUAGCUCUUCUAAUCGUUUUUAG